GACAACUGACAGUAGCUGUUCAGAUGUGUAUGGUGUGUGAAGGCAGUCAGAUCUCUCCUCUCUGUAUCUAGAUCCCUCUGCACCACCAUGAUCAACACUUACCAGACCAGCAUGCCUCCGCCACCUAUUCCCCCACGGCUAGGCUCUGUCAUGUCGGCACCAGGACCAGGCCACAGCAAACCUCUCCUCAGGUUUCUCAUUGGCAUGAUAGUGCUUCAAAUGGUUCUGCUACUGGGGGGAUUCGCCUACCUGUACCACACGGACAACAAGUAUCACAAGGACCUUGACAGCAAGUACCUGGAUGAUAUGAUCAUCCUGAAGAGACUUGAAGAGUGUGAGAAAGACAUCCAGUCAGUGCUGGACUGUAAGAAGCUUGUGGAGAAAUACAAAAGCAUCCUGGCAAAGGUCUCACAAGAGGAAGGAAGAGCUGCUAAAAUCACUGGGGAUGGGCCCUCGUAUGGAGCCAUGGCACGCAUGAUAGUAAAGCAACCAGUUUCUGGUACGCCCCCAACAAAGUAUCUGGAGUGGAACAUAGGCCACUCAGUGCGGAAGAACGUCCAGUACUACAUGUCCAGCUGGCUGAAGGUGCUGCAGCCUGGAGACUACAACAUCUACUCCCAGGUGGCUUUCUCCAAAUGGCACCCCAAAACCCCUCUGGCCAGCCGGGUGAAGCUGAGGAAGGGGGAGACGGGAGAGGAGAAAGACCUGAUGACAGCCUACUGCAGCCUGGGGGACCAGGAUCAUACAGACGUAUGUACAGCUUUCCAGGGAGGAGUGUUCAGUCUGGAGCCAGACGAUCAGCUUAGUGUGUGGGUGACGGACCCCAGCCUAGUCAACUAUGAGGAGGGGACUACCACCUUUGGAUUGUACAAGCUGUAGGCUGGUCAUCACAAUGGACAUUGCCUACAGUAUGGAGAUGAUGGACUACGUUACUUUGGAUUGGGCCUGUUUUUGGAGCGAUGAAUGGAAUCCAGGCCAUGUGAGUGGUUGGAGUGGGACAGGACUGAAUACAAAUCUCCUAAAUGGAUCUAAACAUGGACUAGACCAGUGGUUGCCUAACUUUUUAUAGUUCCAUACCGCUUCAAACAUUCAACCUCCAGCUGCGUACCCCCUCUAGCACCAGGGUCAGCGCACUCUCCCCCCCAAAAUUUUGCCAUCAUUCUAAGCCUGCCACACACGAUACAUUUAUUAAACAUAGGAAUUAGAAAUCUGGCAGUGGCUUCUGAUUAAAUUACGUUUUCACAGAACUGCUUGCUGCAAUUUCGAUGAGGCUCU